AGUGAAAUGGCUGCUACAAUUUCGAAAAAACGCAAAUUCGUCGGCGACGGCGUUUUCAAAGCCGAAUUGAACGAAUUUUUGACCAGAGAAUUAUCCGAAGAUGGUUAUUCUGGUGUGGAAGUACGAGUUACCCCAACCCGUACCGAAAUUAUUAUUAUGGCCACCAGAACCGACCGAGUAUUGGGCGAAAAGAACCGCAGAAUCAGAGAAUUGACUUCCGUAGUCCAGAAAAGGUUCAACUUCCCCGAGAGUUCCGUAGUUUUGUAUGGAGAAAAAGUGGCCAACAGGGGUUUGUGUGCAAUUGCACAAGCCGAGAGUUUAAGAUUCAAAUUGAUCGGGGGAUUGGCCGUCAGAAGGGCUUGCUAUGGUGUCUUGAGGUACAUCAUGGAAUGCGGAGCUAAAGGUUGCGAGGUAGUAGUGUCUGGUAAACUGAGAGGACAAAGAGCCAAGUCCAUGAAGUUCGUAGACGGUCUCAUGAUCCACUCCGGAGACCCGUGCAAUGACUACGUAGACACAGCCACCCGUCACGUACUCCUGAGGCAAGGUGUGCUGGGCAUUAAAGUAAAGAUCAUGUUGCCGUGGGACCCCAGCGGUAAAACUGGACCCAAGAAGCCUCUUCCAGACAACGUUUCCGUUGCCGAGCCCAAGGAGGAGACUCUGCCGCUUUGCCCGAGCAGUGAAGUUAAACCCAUCAAGCAGGACGUUCCUACAGCUAUUCCUGUAGCUGUAGCUUAAAGGGAUUGUUUUUUAUAAGUUAAAAAAUUCUAAUAUAAAAUCAAAAAAAAAU